UCAAGCAGGUGCUGUCAUCUCUUUUGUUUGUACAGACAUGGCUCUGAAGGAAUUCCUCGUGGCUGCUUUGGCAGUCACAUCUGUCCUUGCUGAUGCUCCACCUUCUUACCGAGCUCCUGCCCCUGCUUACGGCGCAUCCUCUCCUUCUUAUAAAGCUCCAGCUCCUGUCCACAGACCCCCUUCACCUUCUUAUAAUGCUCCAGCUCCUGCCUACAGACCACCUUCACCUUCUUAUAAUGCUCCAGCUCCUGCCUACAGACCACCUUCACCUUCUUACAAUGCUCCAGCUUCAGCGGGUCCAGCCCGGUACGACUUCAACUACGCCGUGAAGGACGACUACUCUGGAAACGACUUCGGACACCAGGAGGCUCGAGAUGGCUACGACACCAAGGGAACUUAUUACGCUCAGCUUCCCGACGGCCGUCUGCAGAAGGUCACAUACUACGUCAACGGAGACUCUGGGUACGUGGCCGAAGUCUCCUACCAAGGAGAGGCUCAGUACCCUCAGUAUCAGCCCUCCGGAGGAUACAAACCCGCUCCUAAGCCUGGGUACGCCUAAGGGAAAUGACUGGUUUCGUUCGUCUUGUUGUCAUUAUUGUUAACGAGUGUUGAUAAAUACUAAGAACUUCCUGAUACGUCUGCAAAUAAGUAUGUGUUAACUUUAAAUGCACGUAUUAGUCUUAGUUAUAUACAAUACACACUUAUAAAAACGAAUAAAAAC